UUAGCGCGUGCAGGGGGGGGGACCCUUAGAGGACCAAGGAGGACUCCCGGUGCUCCGGCACGUUAUGCUGCCGUUUUCUGUUUCCUGGCGCAGACAGCCGCAGGUUUAUAUAAAGCUGCACGGCGCGUCUACGGUCCGCUGGCGGCGAGAGGCAGCGGAGAGCAACAUGCCGGUGACCGGAGUGGGAGUCCACCAGACUGGAGGCACCUCAUCAGCAUCACCCACAGAUGGAAAACACGCAAACAUGGACUCCCAGUCUGACAACGGCAACCAGCAGCAGUCUGGGAAUGGGUGCGACCACCGGGGUCCAAACCAAAACCACGCAUCACAGCAUGUAGAAAGACCUGAGACGCAGGCCCUGCCCAUGCCAGUCCAAGAUCCCCCAAUUCAAUACACUAAGUUGUUCAUCAAUAACGAGUGGCAUGAGUCAUGCAGCGGGAGAAAGAUUCCUGUGUAUAAUCCCGCCACAGGAGAGCUGCUGUGUGAAGUGGAGGAGGCUGAUGCGGAAGAUGUGGACAAGGCGGUGAGGAGUGCUCGAGCCACCUUCCAGAUGGGGUCACCAUGGCGAUGCAUGGACGCCUCAGACCGAGGUCAUCUACUUAAUAGACUUGCUGACUUAGUGGAGAGAGACCGGCUACUACUGGCAACCCUAGAGUCUCUCGACUCUGGCAAAGUCUUUCUCAUAGCAUAUUUUGUAGAUCUGAUGGCCACGAUCAAAACCUUGAGAUAUUAUGGUGGCUGGGCAGACAAGAUUCAUGGCAAAACCAUCCCCAUAGAUGGAGAGUACUUUACUUACACACGACAUGAGCCCAUUGGAGUAUGUGGCCAGAUCAUUCCUUGGAACUUCCCGUUGAUGAUGUUUGCAUGGAAGAUUGCUCCUGCUCUGUGCUGUGGAAACACUGUAGUCAUCAAACCGGCAGAACAGACCCCAUUAUCAGCCCUGCACAUGGCUGCACUCAUAAAAGAGGCCGGGUUUCCUCCAGGUGUGGUGAACGUAGUGCCAGGUUAUGGUCAGACAGCAGGCUGUGCCAUUUCCCACCACAUGGAAAUAGACAAAGUAGCCUUCACUGGAUCUACUGCUGUUGGGAAACUCAUCCAGAAGGCUGCCGGUGACAGCAAUCUGAAAAGAGUUACACUAGAGCUCGGCGGCAAAAAUCCAAAUAUUGUCUUUGCAGACUGUGACUUAGAGUACGCAGUGGAGCAGGCCCACAGUGGUCUGUUUUUUAACCAGGGCCAGUGUUGUCUGGCUGGAUCCAGGGUGUUUGUGGAGGAACCAAUCUAUGAGGAGUUUGUUCGUCGCAGCGUAGAGAGAGCCAGAUCCAAAGUCCUGGGAAACCCACUGCUGCCAGGGGUGGAUCAGGGACCACAGAUCAACCAGAAGCAGUUUGAUAGGAUUAUGGAGCUGAUAGAGAGUGGGAAGAGGGAGGGAGCCACGCUGGAAUGUGGGGGGUCCGCAUGGAGUCAACAGGGACUUUUCAUCCAACCCACUGUCUUCUCAAAUGUCACAGAUGAUAUGCGCAUCGCCAAAGAGGAGAUUUUUGGUCCAGUGCAGCAGAUCAUGUGUUUCCGCAGCAUCCGUGAAGUCAUCCAGAGAGCCAACGACACACACUAUGGCCUGGCAGCAGGAGUGUUUACUAACGACAUUGACAAAGCCCUAACAGUCUCCUCUGCUCUGCAGGCUGGCAUGGUCUGGGUGAACUGCUACAAUGCCAUGAGUGCUCAGUGUCCGUUUGGUGGCUUCAAGAUGUCUGGCAAUGGGAGGGAGCUGGGAGAAUAUGCUCUUCAGGAGUACACGGAGGUCAAGGCAGUCACCAUCAAAAUCUCACAGAAGAACUCUUAACAACGUUAUAUCAGAGGACUGACUUUUUCCUGUCUUUUAAAUGAUCCGCCACCCUAUGGCUUCAGAUCUUCCACAGACAUUUUGCAAUAAUCAUAUGAUGGGGAUGUUUUGAAGGUGUCAUUCGAUUCUGUGUCACUUCAUGAACAUUUAUUCCUCUCAUUUCUGCUGAGAUAUUCCCUAUUUUUUCAAUAUCUUUUCAGUGCUAUGUCUCUUUUGCUUGAUGUUACAGUGGCAAUGCUGACUUUCAUCUAUCAAUGUUCCUCCAGCAUACUAUCUCAGAUGUUUUACUUUAACAGUUUAGUGUACAGUAGCCUAUGUUCUCUAUAGCAGUGUCUCUUUUGUGUUUGUGUUUGUGUUAGUUUAGAGAGUCUGUUUUUGUUCAGAGUUAACAAUUUAAAUAGCACUUUGCUCAAAAAGAAUUAUUUUAAUUGGUGCCGUACAAAAAAUAGACAAAAGAAAUUUCACAAACUAUUUACAUGGAUUUCAAAAUGAAAUCGAAAUUGUUGACCCAUAUUGAUAAUCAGUAAACGUUACACUGAUUUCAGUGCAGUUACCAUGAUCAUGCCCACUUCUUGUUUUAUAUCUGUAUUACAACAGGGUACUGUGCCAUGGUUUUUGUUGACAUUUUGCUUCAGUAGUAUAGCAAUUCAGAUAAAAGAGUAAUUUCUAUGUCUUUACUUUACACUGCAGUAAUUAUAGACUUUUUCGGUGGUUACUUAUAGUUAAUGCAUGUUUAAAAUGCCAGCUAUAAUGCUUUUCAG